GUGCCGGGCGGAGGGGCCGAGCGGGGUCGAUGCUGCGUGGGGCCGCGCUGCUCCCCCGCGCUCUGAGCGGCGGCUGUUGCUGCUGCGCUGCCCGCGGCUGGGCGGGCGCGGCAGGCGGCGGGUCCCACCCGCGGGUCGCUCCGGGGCUGCCGCCGAGCCGCGCUUGGGACCUGCCCGCCGCCGUGGCAGCGGUGCCGCCGGGGGCCCGCGGGCUGCGCUGGACGGGUAAAUUUUACCGACAUGUCACCAAUGAGACCUCCCAAGCCACCCUAGCCAGYGUGUCUCCUGUUUUUGCAGUGAUGAAGUUUGACAAAGAGGGAAAUACUACCUAUUUUGAAAAGAAGAAAACAGAAUUGUACCAGGAACUGGGUCUUCAAGCUCGAGAUCUAAGAUUUCAGCAUGUGAUGAGCAUUGCAACCAGGAAUAACAGGAUCAUCAUGAGAAUGGAGUUCUUGAAGGCUGUGAUAACACCAGAGUUUCUUCUGAUACUAGAUUAUCGUAAUUCUAGUCUGGAACACUGGCUUCUCAAUGAACUAGCAUCUCAGCUGUCUGGGGAAGGUCAGCUAGUCACAUAUUCCCUGCCCUUUGAAUUCCGAGCCAUAGAAGCAAUCCUGCAGUACUGGAUCAGCAAACUGCAGGGAAGACUUAACACUUUGCAGCCUCAGAUCCUUGAGACACUGGAAGCUCUGGUUGACCCCAAGCUUUUAUCUGUGGAUAGGAGUAAACUACACAUUCUCCUGCAAAAUGGCAAGAGCUUGUCAGAACUGGAAACAGAUGUAAAAGUUUUCAAAGAAACAAUUCUGGAGAUCUUAGAUGAAGAAGAAGUAAUAGAAGAGCUCUGUCUGUCUAAAUGGACUGAUCCACAAGUAUUUGAGGAGAGUACRUCUGGGAUUGACCAUGCAGAGGAAAUGGAGCUGCUGUUGGAGAAUUAUUACAGACAAGCAGAAGAUCUUUUAAAUGAAGCUCGUGAACUCAGAGUACUGAUUGAUGACUCAGAAAGCAUCAUCUUUAUCAACCUUGACAGCCACCGUAAUGUGAUGAUGAGGCUGAACUUGCAGCUGACCAUGGGGACUUUCUCCGUCUCUCUCUUUGGACUCAUAGGAGUUGCAUUUGGUAUGAACUUGGAGUCAUCUCUUGAAGAGGACCCCAGGAUAUUUUGGCUGGUGACAGGGAUUAUGUUUCUGGGAAGUGGUCUAAUUUGGCGGCGCUUACUUUCCUUCCUCGGGCGGCACCUAGAUCCUCCRCUACCUCCUCACGUUCCUGCCGCUUUGAAAAAAUCCCAACCAGCAGCUGGAAGAGUAGAAAUAAAGACCAGUCUUAAAGGAGAAACGUAUGGGCUGAGCAGAAACACAUUAACAAACCAGUAGGAACAACAGGAAUGAAGAGACUUUUGUUGUCACAGGGUGGAUUUUGGACACUUUCCUUGUAUUUGUUCUUCCUUACUGAAAACUGCAAGAAUUUCUAAACUUGCUAAUUUAAUAUAUAUUUGUGCCAAAAACCUACAGGGAGAUUGUUAAUGCUCACGCACAAAAGGAGAGAAACRCAAUGGAAAAUGGCAGAAUGCUUUCUACAGUAGUUUUACCUCCACCCCAUGUAUGUGCCUUUAGUUUUCUGUAUCACAUACAUGUACUUUCUUUUUGGGCAUUCUCAUUUUAAGUAUUUCUGUCAAAUACUGCUUUGCUUAAUGGCCUUUGUUACAGAGAACAGAAUUCUUSGCUUAAAGGAAAACAGCAGUCAACAUUGAUCAAUAAUUCUGGUUCUGACCCAUGGAUUUAGGAAUUUGACGUCAAACGUCAAAGAAAAAUGCACGCCAAGAGUGCUUCUUGGAUGGAUUUUCAAUGCCCUAUUUAAUUGCAGAGAACAUGUCUUCCAAAGCAAAAAGGAUACCUGCAUCUCUCGUGAAUCAUGACUUUGAGAUUGGCAGCAAUGAGAAACAAUAGUGUCUCUUAUUUUACGUGAGCAAUAAAAGACUUURAAAUGUAGCUACUAAUCUUGGAUAUUCCUUAACAAUUAAUCUAGGCCCAAAACAUGCAGUUUUAGGAACUGCAGAACUAUGUUUUAGCAGRCCUAUAGAUAAUGCCAUUUGUGUUUUCCAUCUGACACUUAUUUCAACACACAUGGAUACAGGUGCAUUUUURCAACUCCUUGUGUUGUCAUAAUUCAAAAUCUUGUAAAAAUCAACAACUGGGUUGUGCUGUCUUUCCCCCAAGACAAAGCAAGGACUAGCCUGCACCACAUAAGUAGCCAGGUUAGUCAAAGGUGUAGAAGCCUGAUGUCCUGUGAUGGGCUGAAGGAAGGAGAAAAAGCUGUAUGCUGGCUAUUUGUUUUUUCCUAGGACUUCUCUCUGUGGGUGUAGUUCUCCACUGGUUGUAGAGGGAGCAUGAAAUAUUUCUAAAUCACAUCACACACUUUUUGUUUGGGUUUUUUUAAUCUCUCUGUAACACACUGAGCAGCUCCUUAGGUGCCCCCACAUAAAUCACUGUACUGGCAGGUGUUGAAAAGACAGUAGUUGUAGCUGCGAACUAUUUUCUCAGGACUAAUGAGUCAAGAUGGAAAUUAAAAGGUUCAUAAAGGUGUGUAGGCCUGUGAUCAGAUUUGGUUUAAAUGGGUUGUACAUAGUUACUUUCCAACAGUUCUUUAUGUGACUUUAAAUACAGAUACUAGUGGCAUGAGAAGGUGAGAAAAAUAAUGGAGCUUUUAAUACUUUUGAGUUUUU